UAUCAAACGGAGAAGUCCACGGAAUCCUCGCAUUGUUGUUUACAAAAUUUGUUGCUUUACCAUCAACGUUCUGGCAACCAUGAUAAAACGAAAACCGGCACUUGCCGGUCUACAAUAACUUAAUACGCUGUCGGUUGCUCUUUCACCCGGUAACAAAACUCGACACGUGUCAUCUCCCUUUUCCUAAUAAAAUUUCGGCCCUUCAUCUUUUCCACCACAACUCACCCCCUCUUCUCUUCCUCACUCUAAAACCACCACCCAAUUCUCCCCUGGCGGUGACGGCUGACGACGCCCACGGUCACAGUCACCACAUUUUCUAUACCUAAUUUAUUUUUAUUUUACUCUGAUGCUUCCUCUUUCGGGUAACUCCUCGCCCGCCGAGCACCAUCCGAAGAAAUUCAAAGCAUCCUCUGAGUUUUUCGAUAGGAAGAAUUCCUUCAACUCCUUGUUACAGCAGUUUCAUCAUCAACAAUCUCGGUUAUGGCUUCUACUUGUAAUCCUCUUCCUUCAGAUCCUCCUCCUCUUCACCAUCCGCUAUCUCCCUCUUCCUCUCCCACCAGCGCUUUCCUCCUCCACUAACCAACAACUCCACCGCUUCCCUUCCGUCGCCGUCUCCCCCGCCGACAUUGACGGCGGAAAUUGCAAAAACGGCAGGAUCUUCGUUUACGAUUUGCCGAAGCUGUUUAACCAAGACAUUCUCGAAAACUGUGAUAAUCUGAAUCCAUGGAGCUCGAGCUGUAGCGCGAUGGCAAACGGUGGAUUCGGCCAGAAAGCGGAUUCCUUGGCCGGGAUUAUACCGGAGAAUCUUCUUCAGUCGUGGUAUUGGACGGACCAAUUCGUAACGGAGAUUAUUUUCCAUAAUCGGAUUUUGAAGCAUAAAUGCCGUGUUUUAGAGCCGGAAUCAGCUACGGCGUUUUAUGUACCGUUUUACGCUGGACUCGCAGUGGGGAAAUUCCUCUGGACGAAUUCAACCCCGGAGGAACGGGAUCAGCAUUGCCGUUCGAUUCUGAAAUGGCUAUCCGAUCAAGAGUAUUACAAAAGAUCCAACGGCUGGGAUCAUUUCAUUACAAUGGGACGUAUCACAUGGGAUUUCCGGAGGAGUAAGGAUAAAGAUUGGGGAUCGGGUUGUAUUUAUUUACCCGGUAUGAGAAAUAUAACCCGACUUUUGAUAGAGCGAAAUCCAUGGGAUUAUUUUGACGUCGGUGUACCUUACCCCACAGGAUUCCACCCCAAAUCCCUAAACGACAUAUCGGCUUGGCAGGAGUUUAUACGCACGCGCCGUCGUACUCACCUCUUCUGUUUCGCCGGAGCCACCCGCGCCGCUUUCCACAAUGACUUCCGAGCGAUGCUUCUCCACCAGUGCAAGAACUCCACCGGAGAGAAAUGCCGCGUUGUCGAUUGCGCUGGCAGCCGUUGCUCUAACGGCACGUCAGCGAUUCUGGAGACAUUUCUCACCUCAGACUUCUGCCUUCAGCCGAGAGGAGACAGCUUCACGAGGCGGUCCAUCUUCGACUGCAUGGUGGCCGGAGCGAUUCCGGUUUUCUUUUGGCGACGAACGGCGUAUUAUCAGUACGAGUGGUUCUUACCGGGCGAACCGGAAAGUUACUCGGUUUUUAUAGACCGGAACGCGGUGAAGAACGGGACAACCUCCAUUGAAGCGGUUCUGGAGAGGUUCAGUAGAGAGGAAGUGAAGGAGAUGAGAGAGAGAGUGAUCGAGUCAAUUCCGAAGUUCAUUUACGGCACCGGCGAAGUUAGAGACGCGUUGGACGUGGCCGUUGAAGGGGUUUUGAGGAGGUUUAAAGAGCAAGAAGAAUGGGAAUACAAGUGGAAAUAAGGUAGAGUGUGAGGGCAGAAAUGCAAAUGAAGAAGAGAAAAGGGAAAUUGGAAAAGCUUUUUAGUUUUUCUUUUUUUAAUUUUUUUAAUGCUAUUAGUAUAUAUAGUUAGGAAUAAUGAUAAUAACAAUAAUAAUAAUAAUAUACGAUUCUUUUGGUAUGAAGGUUGUAAACUAUAGGGGAAUAAAAUUUUGGAGUGUAAUUUUAUUUGAGGGGCUUUAAAGUUAAAAAAAGUGGGGGUAGGGGUAAAAUUGCAAAAAAGAGAAAAAGGGGAAAAGGGAAUUUUGGGGAUAAAGUUGUAGAAGGGCCCAGAAGUUGGGUUGUUUUUGGCAUAAUGGAAAAUUGGAUUUAUUAUGUAUACUAAAAAGUUAUGUGGUGUUAAUUUGAUAAGAAAAUGAAAUAGUGUCUUGGUUUUCAUAA